UUAGGGUUUUGUAUCACUCCCCACACCUCUGAUACCAACAAUGGCUUCCACUAUCGAUUUCCGCCACCUCGACGAAGGCUUCGGCGGCAAAACCUACAAGCGCAAACGCGAACAAGCCCAAGCAGCCGAGGACGCAAAGAUGGAAGAAAUCCACGCCAUGGAGAUGGAGACCGACGACACAGCCCCUCCAGCAAAGAGAUCUGCUAUCCCAUCGGAAUCAGAUCCCAACAAACCGUCGUUCUCAUCCUUUUCGUUCGGUAAACCUACCUACGACGGAGUGAUUGCCGGGAGAGUGUCUGGUAGAAACUGGAAGCAGGUGCGGCAGAGGCGGUCGUCGGCGAUGCAGGUGAGUAAGAAGGGGACGACGUUUGAGGAGAGGGCGAGAGCGAAGAGUAUUAAGGCGGCGUUUAAGGAGAGGAUGACGGAGUUGAAGGAGGAGAUUAGGUUGAAUAAGGUUGAGAAGAGGAAGAAGAAGGAAGAGAGGGAGAAGAAGAAGAAAGAGAAUAUUCUGAGGACUGGGACUAAGCUUCAGAAGGUUACGAACCCUAAGACUUUGAAGAAGAUUGCGAAGUCGAAGAAGAGGAAACAGCUUAGGAUGGUUCCUGAUGACUUAGUCAAGAAAUAAGUUGCUUUUAAUUUUGUUUAUUUUUAGUGAAGUUGAGUUUUAUGUAUUGAAUUUUGUUUGUUCUAAUGGAGAAUUUUGAGAAUACAUGUUCUGUUGUGACUGUGAA